AUUGCGCAUUCUGCACUCUUCCAACAUUGAUCGCACGCGAAUCCUUUGCUAACUUCUGAAAUCAUGGCUUCAUACAUCGACUUCAGCAAGCCCAGUCUAUGGGUAUCGGCGGCCAGCAUUGUGUUCAACCCUACGUUCUGGAACAUCGCUGCGCAGUCAGAGUACCACAACAAAGUCAUCACGAAACUUUUCGGUGGUAACGCGCGACUCGGAUGCUACGCACUCGCCGUAACUAUCUUCUCUCUGGGUAUCUUUAGAGAUUACCUUUACAAUGAGGCUCUCGCUGAACAACCCACACACCCGACCCUCCUCUCACCCGCCAUAAAGUACUCUGCGAUCCCGCUGUUUCUCAUGGGAAACACCCUCGUCCUCACAUCCAUGUGGGCACUCGGUGUUACGGGAACCUACCUCGGCGAUUACUUUGGCAUCCUCAUGGACGAGCCCGUAACUACGUUCCCCUUCAACGUGUCCAGUUCGCCCAUGUACCACGGCUCUACCAUGUCCUUUUUGGCCACAGCUAUCUGGUUCGGAAAACCGGCUGGUAUCCUAUUGACGGGAUUGGUCGCAGUAGCCUACUCGAUUGCGUGCAAGUGGGAGGACCCUUUUACGUCUAUGAUCUACCAGAAGCGCGAAGAGGAGCGGGCCAAGGAGAAGAAGGGCUUAUAAAGAGCCCCGAUAUACAUUGGUCAGCGCGACCGGGCGUGAUGUUGAGUGAAGAUGCAGGCCGGAGGGCAGCAUAUAGAGAGGAAGAGCAGCAAUUCUGUUCAACACGGCAGCGGCGAGCAGGUUUGUUGGGGCAGGGUAUUCAACUGCCGGCUGUGAAGAGGAGUCCAUAGCAGCAUCAAAAGUACACUUGAUUUGACAUGACAUAAUAGCCCAGAGCGACAACAGCCCAAGCGACUUCCUUUUAUCUGUUACGCUAGUAGGUACAUGAUUGGUAUGUUUGUAAAGGAAAAAUUUCCAGAUCUAAUCACCCA